AUGACCGAAAUUGAAAAUAAAAUGAUAAAUAUGGAUCUAUACGAAGUUUUUAAAGUCCCAAAAUUUAUUCUCAAUAUUUACGGUUUAUGGCCUAAAAAUAAAACAAAUUGGGCAAAAAUCCGAAGCAUCAUUUCAAUUUUAAAUUCUUCAAUAUUUUGUAUCAUUAUGGCUGCUGAAUGUAUUUUUGCUCAUCAUGAUUUUAAAAGUUUGAUGGAAGUUUUAACGAUUUUCACGGCUCCAUUUUCAUACAUUCUCAAACAAUUGGUAUUUUCUGGCCUCGAAAAGGAUUUUUUAAAUCUUUACAAUUUUUUGAAUGAACCAAAAUUUAAAAAUAUACCAAAAAAAUCCAUAAACGAAGUUACCAGACCUAUUAGAAUAGCUAAGACCAUUGGCAUUGGUUACCAAAUAAACUGCGCUUUAACUGUAUCCCUAUAUAGCGUUAUGCCAAUAAUUACGAGUAAACCAUUACCAGUAAGAUUCACAAUAAUCGAUUUGGGAAAUCUGCAAGCAGUUAUGUAUUUAUUCCAAACAUUCGGCCUGUAUAACUCGGCUUCCAAUAACUCUUCAAUUGAUUUUAUAGCUUUAGGCUUAAUGUGUAUUGUAAAAGGACAAGUUAGUGUGCUAAAUAAAAAAAUUCGAACAAUGGGAAUGCUCAUUGGGAACAACAGUGACGAUUUACAUCUGAUUUCUGAUAUGAAAGAUAUUGUGGUUCACCAUAAUAAAAUUAUAAUGUAA